AUUUUGUUGGGAAGAUUUCGUCUUCGUCCCUCUUUUGGCUCUCCUCCUCGAAGAAAACCACUCUCCGUAACUCAAAAGUCAUUGCCUUUGACUCCUUUGUCUCGUUCCUCCUGCGUUUUCAUCGAUAUUCCAGAAAUCCCACCUCAAAACUCUCAAGAAUCACUCGCCCAUCUCGAAGAAAAUGCUCGAAUUCAAAACCACCAAGAAGAAAACGUGGAUGUUUUCUUACUGAUCUCUCCCCCCCUUAAAACCCCCAAGAAUUCUCCUCUUGCGUAAUGGAAGCUAGCACCAUACGAGCAACAGCACUGAUCAUCAACAGGAACAACACCAACAGCAAAAUCUUCAAAAAUCAGAACUUCCCUCUUCAAAAGCUUUCUUUUUGGUUUGCACCCACUAGUCGCCCUCCUGGUAUUGUUUGGUCUUAGAGAGAACGCUUAACGAUCUUGAAUUCCAUGGUUGCUUACUACUCUAAUAAGAAUUCGUCAUCUGGGCAUGGUUUUCCGGGCCCCUUUGAUCCGUUUUCGUACGAUUUUGGUGCAUUCGAUGGAGGUUGCACAAGCAGGCCGCUUUCACAGUCUUUGGUUCUGGAUAGCGGGAAGGGGGAGCUAGUAAAGGCGCCGGGGAGAGUAGGGAAAAAGAGUGUAUCUGAGGAUAAAAUUACUGCGGCUUUGAAGAGUCAUAGCGAGGCAGAGAGGAGGAGGAGAGAAAGGAUCAAUGCUCAUCUCAAUACACUUCGCGAUCUUGUGCCCUGCAGAGAAAAGAUGGAUAAAGCCACGUUGCUUGCUGAAGUUAUUAAGCAAGUGAAAGAACUGAAGAAGACUGCACAUGAAGCAAGUAAAGGUUUUCUCAUUCCAGUGGAUACUGAUGAAGUGAGCGUCCAACAGUUUGAUGAUGAAGUGGAUGGAACAUUUUCUUUCAAGGCAACCAUCUGCUCUGAUAAUAAACCCGAACUUCUGACUGACCUGAGGAAAGCUCUUGAAGGCCUUCAACUAAAGAUGGUUAACGCUGAAAUGUCAACCUUGGGUGACAGAAUGAAGAAUGAUUUUGUUCUGACCAGCUGCACGAGUGUGCACGUUGACCCUGCUAAAGCACGUCAACUUCUUUCAGAUUCCAUUCACCAGGCCUUGAGUUCUGUCCUGGAGAAGGCUUCUGUCUCCCCUGAAUACUCACCAAGAACAACACUAGUCCCGAACAAGAGGCAGAGGAUCUCUUUUACGGAUUCCUCAAGCUCGUCUUCGUAAGGGCAUUGCUCUCAUUGGUUUCACGUUGAUUAUGUUGAUGUUAAAUACUAAAGAAGUAUGUAAAAGCUGCAUAUAUUGUAUAAUUUCUGUUACAGAAACCGGUAAUUAAGCUGGUAAGCUGUGAGUGGACAUGACUAUGGUUUGUACUAAAUCGUAAAAUUAGGAACUUUUUCUAUGUAUUUCUAUGAUGAAGGGUGCCUGUAAUAAAAUUUCCUCCGGAAA